AUGCGAGAGACCGCAGCGAAGGAGGCGCUGCUGGCGGGCGAGGAGCGGCUGCCCUUCCGCCCGCCGCCCGCCGUGGACAUGGAGCCCGGAGGUGCGUCCGAGUGCUCCACGAGGGCGCCCACGCGGCCGUCCACGCGGCAGUCCACGCGGCCGUCCACGCGUCCGCCUUCCCAGGGGUCCUUGGGCGUCGAGGCCGCAGCCGCGCUGGAGGCCAGCCAGCUCCGGCUGGCCUGCGAGCUCGCGCCGAAGAGGGUGGACUACAGAUGCGAGCCGAGGCCGCCGGUGAAAGAGGCGCGGUACGAAACUUUCCUGGACCGACUGCUCGGAGAGAGGCCGGACCUCUUCGAGGAUGCGUUGCUCGCCAAGGAUCAGAUGCAGCGUCGGCGGACGGGCUUCAAUGUGAUGCCGCCGCGGGACGCCGUCUCGGGCCGGCGCGAGCCAGCGGUGCGACUGUGGCAGAUGGCAGGGCUGCCGUGCGAGACGUGCUCUCGCAAGCGCGACGCUCGCGGCAUUGGCGCGAUGUUCUGCCACGAUUGCAGCGGCGUCGACGACACGGCACUCGCCGAGACGAGUCUGAGCCAGGUGUUUGAACGGCGCGGCAUUCGGCAAGAGAUCAAAGCCCUGAGGCGCGUCGAGGUAGGAAAGUGA